AAAACAUAUAUCAAAAAACAAGAGGUGUAGGUGUUUCCAUUCUAUAUCACACAUAUCUUGUUUGUUUGUUUUGUCUCUCUCACACUUUUUGAGUCACUCUUUCAUCAUCAUCAUCAUCAAAAUGGUUUACAAAAGUGCAACAAAUCUAUCAUCACUUUUCUCUUCCUUGAUUUUCCUAGUCCUUAUGUUUGGUCUUGUAACCUCAGAUGUGAACCAAGAUAAAGCAGAAUGCACAGACAAACUCAUAGGUUUGGCAAAUUGUCUUCCUUUUGUAAGUGGUCAAUCAAAAACACCAACUAUAGAUUGUUGCACUGGUGUUAAGGAUGUUGUUACUAAGAGUAAGAGAUGUUUGUGUAUUCUUAUUAAGGAUCAUGAUGACCCUAACCUUGGGUUUAGUAUUAAUGUCACACUUGCUCUUAAGUUACCUGGUGAUUGUAAGUCACCUACUAAUGUUACUCAGUGUAUUGAUCUUUUGCAUUUGUCACCUAAAUCACAUGAGGCUAAGAUAUUUGAGGACUUUGAGAAAACUUUGGAGAAAAAUAGUACUACCCCAGUACCUCCAGCUAGUAAUGCAUCUGGAAAAGGAACAAAUACAGUAGCUCAAGACAAGAAUGGUACUAGCAAAGAAGGAAAGGUGCUUUAUGGAAUUUCACUAUUUGUUUUAGCCUUCUACUUCUUCAUAAUUUGAAAUAUGAUUAUUCAUAUCAAGAUGUCAACAUUAUAAUAAGAGAAUAUAUUGAUAUAUAUGGGUCAAUUUAUUAUUUAAGAACUUUAGAUUGAAGAUAAUGUACUGUCUGUUUUCUUUAAAUUAGGGCCCAUUUGUAUGUGUGAUGAAUUUCUCCAACUAAUUGAAUAAGAAAAAGGACCCAUUAUUAAACA